AAUCACAAACCUUUUAGUUGAAAAUUCGUGGCCGAAAUCGGUAGUCAAGAGUGUUCUCAGCUUUUAUGCCAUCAGUAGCCGAUUAGACGUGCAACAGAUAGCUUGUGGAGUAUUCUACCAAAACGACCCGAGAUAGUGGAUUAAACAACUUCAAACUUUAUAGAUCGAUCUUUGUUUUUUGUUCUUUUUUUGUGUUUCUUGUGAAUUUUCGUUCGAUCAUGAAGUUUACAUGUGGAUUAACUUUUACAUUGCUGGUGCUGAUGUUCGUUGUUGCAACAAAAGGCCAUACUGUAAUCCAAUGUUAUGUCUGUGAUGAUUGUGCAAAGAUCGAUAAGAAUACACCACUUGAACAAUGUGGCGGUGAAAAUUUUACCAUGACCACAACAACAACAACAAGUUCCUCAAUGUCACCAAGUGAAUCAAAAUCCACAUCAUCUACUGAAGCUCCAUCAACAACCACAACAAUGCCAAUAACAACUACCACAACAACAACAACAACUCAAAAAACAACUGAAUUUGCAACACCACCAACAGUUGGACCGAUUUCAUCAACCACUGAUCUACCAACUCCACCAAGUCUUGAAAACACCGAUUUUGGUCAUGAUCAUGAUCAUAUGAACCAUAGUCUACCGGUUGUUAAUGCAACUUCGACAACAACAAAACCUCCAUCAAUUUUUGUGACACCAAGUGAAGAAACUGUCUUUAUCGACAGAAGACCUGAACUUAAUCCAGCUGGAAACCUAACAUUCAAUGAGACAUUCCCAUCAGCAGUUUUGGUUAGACAGAGAAGACACACCGAAUUCAAUGGCAUCACUUAUCACUGUUACAAGGUUCAGAAGAAAUAUGGCAAUGUUUAUGGAACUAAACGUGGUUGUAUGGGAGUUAAGACAGAACAAUCAGUUUGUGAUGAAUUGUACACCGCAAAUGGUAAUCAAACAAAGAAGUGUUCACCAUGUACGACAACUAAGUGCAAUGGCAGUUCAUCGCUUGGUGUUUCAAUAGCAACGUUGUUAGUUGCACUGAUGGCUUUAGUUUACAAGGUUUAGUUAGAAGAUCUAACACACACACACACGACUGGAAAAGAGAUAUCGAAAUUCGAAUUAAAAUUUUAUUAGGUUAUGUUUUUUGGAAUGCAUUAAGCCUAAGAUAAGAUGUACUCUCUGUAUAUAAAUUGUAAUAAUGAUAAUAGUUUUAACAAUAUUAUAGAAAAUAAAUUAAAAAAAAAUGAAAAAUUAAGAUGAAAACUCAGAAGUGGGAUGGA